GUGUGUGCGCAAUACAAAAGGACAGGUUCUGCAGAGGCACAUACCCAUGCCUGGAGCAGGAUUCCCAAUCUCCUUCCGUCAACUGACCUGAGGCAUGAGGGCCUGCAUCAUAUUCAUGAGGGCCUGCAUCGUAUUCAUUUGCCUGCUGGCUGCAACACUUGCUCUCCAAGUGGAAGGUAAUCAUCAUGGAAGACAACAUAGCACUUCCCAUCAGGCCAAAGAAAAGGACAUUGUCACUGAGGAGGCCCACAAGGCGGCCAUCUUGCCCACUUUAGAGAGUCCGGAAGAGGGCGGCCUGGACAAAGAAGAGGAGGACGCCAGCUCGGAGGCGUACGGAGAAAGGAAGAGCGACAGGUUUGAGACGGGGAAGGACAGAGGCGAGGCGGUCCUGCUGAGUGAGGAGGAACUGCUCCAUCUUCUCAAGAAGGAAGAGGAAGAAGCUGAGGAGCAAACAGAAGAAAUGAUUGAAGCUGAGGAGCAAACAGAAGAAAUGAUUGAAGCUGAGGAGCAAACAGAAGACAUGAUUGAAGCUGAGGAGCAAACAGAAGAAAUGAUUGAAGCUGAGGAGCAAACAGAAGAAAUGAUUGAAGCUGAGGAGCAAACAGAAGAAAUGAUUGAAGCUGAGGAGCAAACAGAAGAAAUGAUUGAAGCUGAGGGUGUGAAGAAGAAGAAGAGUCAUAAGGACCAAGAGUCCUCCAAGCAGGAGGAUGUUGCUCUGUUGGACCAAGACCAAGGUAGCACAGAGUCCACCAUAGCCUCCGACUACACGGGACCUCCUCUCCAGCUUCUUCUAGGGAAGGUGAAAGUCCACAGCCAUGAUGUAGGCCAAGAGGAGCUUUUUCAUGACAACAUCACACAGCAUCAGGGAGCAGCAGCUCUCCAGAACUCCUGGAACCAAAGCACAGGUUGGAUGAGUGAGGAGAAAGAAGUGCUGGAAGAAGAAGAAGAAGACUCCCAGGUGGAUGAGCUGGGACAUGAGGCCAAUGGAAAUAGGAGGAACGCAAAGAAGAAGCCAAGAAGAAGAAAACACUCACCACUAGGGGAGGAAAAAGAAGAGGGACAGAGCCAAGAGGGAGGACACAACAACAACAACAACAACAACAACAACAACAACAACAACAACAACAACAACAACAACAACAACAACAACAACAACAACAGCACAGUGCAGAAGGCCAAGAGGAGACGAGCGGGACAACGGGGCCCUUUAGUAGGUGUGAACCCCGUGCAGAUAAGAGCCAAAGUGGAUCUCUACCCGAGUGCCAGGCCGUCUCCUCGCCCUGAAGCCCCUCCUGAUCUGUGCGAUAACUUCCGCUGCAAGCGAGGAAAGACGUGCCAACUGGAUGCAGACGACCAGCCGAGCUGUGUUUGUCAGGAGCCAUCACAAUGUCCCCGCAGCUUGAACCACUUGGAUCCUGUUUGUGGGACAGACAACAAGACGUACAACACAUCUUGUGAGCUCUUUGCCACUAAAUGCAAGCUGGAAGGCACCAAGAGAGGACACCGACUUCAUCUGGACUACACAGGACCGUGCAAAUUGAUCCCUCCAUGCGUGGACACCGAGUUGGUCCAGUUCCCUCUAAGAAUGAGGGAUUGGCUGAAAAAUGUGCUGCUGCAGCUCUACGAGCAUGACGCCAUGUCCCCCGGCUACCUCACGUCCAAGCAACGCUUCAGAGUGAAGAAAAUCUUUGAGGACGAAAGGCGACUUCACGCCGGCGAUCACUCUGCGGAGCUGCUGGCUCAAGAUUUUGAGAAGAACUACCACACGUACAUCUACCCGGUUCACUGGCAGUUUGCUCAACUGGACCAGCACCCGUCUGACAGACUGCUGUCUCAUUCCGAGCUGGCCCCCCUUCGUGUCCCGCUGGUGCCCAUGGAGCACUGCACCUCUCGCUUCUUCCAGGUGUGUGACGCCAACAACGACAAGCAGGUGUCCUUCACCGAGUGGACUUCCUGUUUUGCCAUCAACAACAACGACAUCGAUGUCAACCUUCUGUUCUAAAGCUUCAUUUUGUACAUUGGAGAGGGGCUUUCUUUGGCUCCAUCCCUGGGCGGAUCUCGCUUGAGAGGAAGAGGGGCGUGAAUCAUUUUGAAAUGCAGUCUGCUGAAAAUGAUGGAAAGCGCCACUCUACAAAGCAACUGACGCUGUGGUCAAAGUUGGAAUUGCCACAAAACACAUAUUAAGAUUUUUGACACUCUACUGCCAUCUGGCGGCUAAAGUGGAUAGGGCACAACCAAUUUGUCACGUUUCAUGUCUCAGGUACACCGCAAAAAAAGGGGUCAUAUGAAUUCCCUUUUCACUGUAGUUCAUGAACACAUCAUUGGAAGUUUUCUAUGCACAGAAGAAUGACAAUUAUUCAAAACAUGCACCCCCUGUGCUAUCACUUUUCCAUUGCAAAACUCCAAGUUUCUCACACAGCUCAAUGCGCUCUAAGAAUCAGCCACUCUAACUUGAAGGUGUUUAGUCCAAUCACCGCAGAAUUUAGCCCAGCACAUGUCUGUAAUAUUUGAGCAAGAUUGGUUUAAAACAUGGACAACAAAAAGCUCCUAUAGCCACUUAGCAACUAAAUAUCCACAAGUCAUUGACCAAUUGAGGAUAUCCAUAUUAUAUGUAUGCUAGCAUGUCUUCUGAAGCAUUUGAAGAACGACUCAUUGAGAACGCUAUCAAAAUGUGAAAAAAAACAAACAACUUUUGUUCCACUUCCUGUAUGAGUAAUGCUUUUGUGUACUUUCAUUUAUUUCAUUUCCUCCAUUUUAUGCCACUGGCCAUAGACUGUUUUUGAACUGUUUAUUACGCAAUCCAAGCUGGGUAAACAUUUACAAAGCUAAUUAGUGUUGCACGGUAUGUAGCAGGCUUGAUAAUAAAGAAUGUAAUUGCUGUUGAAUGUAGCGUCUUGCAGCCUUAGGAGACUGUUUGCUUACCUUAGUUUGCUGUCUGUAUCAUUAAAGCUGGUGUGGAAAGCAGA